AUGUUUUCUUUAUUGGUCAUUAUCGCUGCUAUCCCCAGCAUAACUGCUUGCCCGCAACAUGGCCUCGCUGCUCGUGGUCAGAGUCUCAAUAAAAGGGCUGGUGGGGAGCAAGACUGGAGUUAUGAAGCGUCUUACGAUUGGGGCAUGAUCAACGAGAACUACACCCUUUGCCAAACAGGCACUCAACAAUCUCCCAUCCAGUUGAUGAUCACUCAAGGCCUUUCCACAAGCCACAGCCCCAACUUCGACACAGUUUCUUACUCCGCCGUCCCUGGCUCUCUGUCAAAUUGGGGAUAUGGACCAGCUUUCACCACCUCCUCCAACUCCAGUCUCACCAGCCGGCCAGCAAUGAGCUACGACAACACGACACUUUAUCUUAAAGGACUUCACAUCCACUCUCCGGCCGAUCAUUCCGUGCAAGGUGAUCGCUCGAAGGCAGAGCUGCAUCUCGUUCAUGCCGAUGCAUCUGGCAAAGAGCGCGGUGUCAUUGCUAUUCGUAUCGACCCUGGCAACGUAGACUCGGUCUUCUUCUCCCAGAUGCUCGGUCAGAUUGGCAACAGCACUGUCCGGCCUACCAAAAACCCCAUCCCAAGCUUCAACUCCCAGGAGACAAUACCAAUGAAUCUUGAUAUCUUGGAAGCUAUCCGAGAAGUCAACAUGUUCAAUGAUUUCUGGACAUAUGAGGGUAGCUUGACGAGCCCGCCUUGUACCGAAGGUAUAAGGUGGUGGGUGGCUAGAACCACGUUGUACGUCAGCAUUGAGCAGAUGCAGGCGAUCUUGGCUGUUAGUACCUUUUCGGCGAGGGUCGAGCAGGAGGUUUGGAUGCAUGGCAUCAAUAGGUAA